AUGGACGACAAACGUAUUAGCAUUCGUACGAGUGUCCCAGUGGACAGUGCUACACCGUUGGCGACCAGCCGCGCGCAAAGCCCAUACACCCGACAGCCUAUCGUGGACUUUGAUGGAUUGAGCUGGCCGAGCCAGGGAACGAGGGAGAGGAAGGAAGCGACACCGGAGCAAAAGGAUGAGCGAUUGGCCAAAAUGGCUGGAGCCGUCCGAACACUCUUGGAGUGCGUCGGCGAGGAUCCUUCUCGUGAAGGUCUCCUGAAUACACCCGAGCGUUUCGCCAAAGCGAUGUUGUUCUUCACAAAGGGCUAUGAGGACAACCUUCGAGACGUGGUCAACGGCGCCAUCUUCCACGAGGACCACGAUGAGCUGGUCAUGGUCAAGGACAUCGAGUUCUUCUCGCUUUGCGAACAUCAUCUGGUCCCGUUCACUGGCAAGAUCCACAUCGGAUACAUCCCGGACAAGCGCAACAAGAGGGUGAUCGGUCUAUCCAAACUGGCGCGCAUCGCCGAGAUGUACGCAAGGCGACUUCAGGUUCAAGAGCGACUGACCAAGCAGGUGGCUGAGGCAGUCAAAGAAGUCCUCACCCCAUUGGGAGUCGCCGUAGUCAUCGAAUCGACACACAUGUGCAUGGUCAUGCGCGGAGUUCAGAAGCCGGGCUCGUCAACAACAACCAGCUGCAUGCUUGGCUGUAUGAGAACACAGGCGAAGACCCGGGAGGAGUUCUUGAACCUUCUCAAGAGGUAA